UCUAUGUGCCCGGUAGAUACUGCCGCUACCCCUGCUAGUGGAAAACAAAGUAAACUAAAGUCCAGAGUAUAACAUACGGAAGUAGUUGCUCUUGACUUGUUUUUUUCUGAUUCAUAAUGAUAGAAACAGUGAGUAUUUUGGAGCAGCAGUAGUUUUUUAUUCCAGGCUCACCUCUGUUUGAAGUGGUACAGUCCCGUUAGUCGCAGCAGUCUGGAGCUCUGUUAGCAGCAGUGGUUAGCGGACGACGAGAAAUCACCAACAUGCGGAUAAAGUGAACUUUCCUUCAAAAACGGACUGUAUAAUGAACUUUUACCUGCUGGCUUUUUUACUGGGAGCCUCUGCAUGUGUGUGUGAUGGCGUGCACGUCACAGUGCGGGAGAAGCAGCGCUUGGCGAUGCUCUUCCAGCCGGUGGUCCUCCCCUGUCAGUACCAGACGGCCUCCACUCAGACCCCGGUGGUUCAGUGGUGGUACAAGUCCUACUGCCGAGACCGCACGCGAGAGUCCUUCAGCCUGCCGGAGAGUCUCGCCAUCCAGGCCUCGGAGCUGGGCACAUCGUCCCACUUGGAAUGCUCUGAUAACGGGCGCACAGUGCGGGUUGUGGCGUCGGCACAGGGAGCCUCCAUGACGUUGGCCGAACACUACAAAGGCAGAGACAUCGCCAUCAUAAACAAAGCAGACCUGCGUAUCGGCGAGCUUCAGUGGGGCGACAGUGGAGUGUACUACUGUAAAGUUGUCAUUGCUGAUGAUCUGGAGGGGAAAAAUGAGGCCUACCUGGAGUUACUGGUGCUUGGCCGGAAGGGUGGGCCCGACGAUAUCCUGCCUGAGUUUGAUCUGGAGAUUAUGCCAGAGUGGGCGUUUGUGGGCUCUGUUGUCCUCGGCAGCAUCCUGUUCUUGCUGUUGGUGGGAAUCUGCUGGUGCCAGUGUUGUCCUCACUCCUGCUGCUGCUACGUCCGCUGCUGCUGCUGCCCUGAGACUUGCUGCUGUCCACGACACUUAUAUGAGGCAGGGAAGAUGGCAAAAAGGGGGCCACCUGCUCAGGUUCCCGUGUAUCCGUACUACAUUCCUGGUGUUCCCUCUGUGGUUCCUCUUGCACCUUCAUCCCAUGUGGAGCCAAAAAUUGCUUCAAUCCCAUCAGUGGAGAAUAACCUGGCUGGAGCUAGCAGCCUUUCAGAGCUGAGCUCUCUUCACGAUGGAGGGACCACAGACUUCAGACACACCUAUCAGACGGUCCAGAUGAAGGCGCUCCCACCCAUUGCAGACCUUGAUGACCGGCCGGUGAUGAGAGCUCCUCCACCUGCACAGAGUCGAAGGCCCAGACGGGACAGACUCAACCUCUCAGACGAUGAGCUGGACAGAAGGUGGAACCCUCGUUCAGAGCACCUGCAGAGAAAAACACUGAGCAGAAGAGAACGCGCUGGCUCCCUGGACGAGCUGGAGGAAUUCGCCCAGGCUUUCGGCUCGCGUGGUCGGCGGGCCGAACCUUUUGAGAGACACUAUGAUCGGGAUUACAGCCCUCCCAGGCGAUUUUACAGAGAUGAAGACGAUGGAUGGCGCCGUCGAAGCCCUUCACCUCUACCACAGAAAAGAAGGGACACAUGGGACAGCGAUCGACCCUCUCGACUGCCCACAAACAAAGGAUAUGACAACACCUUCCUCAACAAUGUGCUGGAGAGCAAGGCAAGGGGGCGGGGAGGGGACAGAGGUGGUGCUAGACCAGACGAGGACAGUGACACUCCUUCUAAAGGCAGCUCCAGAGGAAAAGGCAGUGAUAGUUACUACAGUCGCUCGCCGAGCAACCGUCCAGAGGAGGAGGAUGGUUUGCCUCCAUACUCUGAGUGGGAGGCCGAGCGGUACCGCAGGGCCGACCAAACCACAGACCGGUACCGCACCGCAGAGCCUCCUCGAUCAGAGCGAUACAGGACCACUGAACCCGCCAUGAAGCCGUUCUCUUACACUCGCCCCAACCAGGGCAUGUCCCAAACUCUACAGGGGGGGAGAGAGGAGAGAGAGAAGAGCCGAAACCUGAGCACUGCACUGAGCAGGGACUCUCUCAUAGUGUGACACGGUUUGCCAGCCUCGACCCGCUCAGCACUGCCAGUCUGCUCAUUUAAACCGUCCUGUUGCUACGCAGGAGAGGCUAACUGUUCUGCCAUCAGCCACAUGAAGUCUGAGACAUCAAACUGAUAUUUCUGCAGCUGAAAAUGCUCAAAUUAAUGUGCACGGAGCAGCAUGUGCAACCGUUUCUGUCAUUGCAGGAUGGUAUCGCUCACUUGCAUGGAUUGUACAUGAGUAUUUAUGCAUGUGUAGUCUGCAGAUGUUAUGUAUGUUGACUGCACCAGUUUCAGAGUGACUGGAUUCAUGCCACUUAAACCAGUGCCAAGAUGUUUUUACUUAUAAUCUGCCUUUUUAAAAUGGUCUCUUUUUUUAACAUUAACUGGAACACAACAGUCUUAUUUACUUACUCCUUUCACUGCAACUCAGGUUCACUGUGUAAUUUUUGUGUUUGUUUUUGAUACCUUUCUGUAUAUCCGUACUGUACCUGGAAUUUGUUUUAAUUGCACUGCCUUAAAUGCUUUUUGAAUAAUAAAAGCUCUAAGAAGUCUUCACCAUUA